AUGGCCGUCGAAACAAUAGAGCUCGAGCAUGUGCCGGCGUCGUACCGAGUUUACCUCGCCCUCUUCCGCAAUGUGAAGAACGCCGCCUUCUUGCACCAGCAGCUCCUCGCGCGCAACGCCGAGUUUGAAUAUGCCUUUAUCGACGCUUCGACGAUUGUCUCCCGCAUCCACCUCCUCUCGGCCGUCUUCAAGGCAGUCAACAACUCAGUCAACGGGGCCCUCAAAACACCAAACGUCCAUUCAGAAACAGUCGUAUCACUAAGCUCCUCAAGUAACAUUGCCGACGCAUAUCGACGCUUCGGCGUUUCGCCCUCCACCACAGACCUCUUCGUUGUCAAAAUUGUUUUCCCCACCGAUACCAACCCCGUACCUGCAUCCGCCGACGCCAUUUCGAAGCACCUCAUGGAUAAUGUUGAGGGGGAUGCCGUGCCCGCUACCGACGAUACUAUCGAAACGAUUACAGACGUUCGCGCAGUUCGCAAAAGCUACAAGCUCAACGGUCUGGCUUGGUUGGAUGGUAUCAAGGACGAGCUGGUGAAGCGAAAAGAGAUUGAGAGGCUUGUUCUAGGAGGCAUGGCACUGCGGGGAGUAUGA